AUGAUAAAGCCUUACCGUAGGUUAGACCGUUUGUUCGUGUUGCUGGAGGCUGGCGCUGGCCCAGCAACACGUCGCGCUGCGGCCAGGCAACUUGGCGAAGUGCAAAAAGCUCACCCCGAAGAGUUGCACCGGCUUCUCGGCCGGCUCAUGACACAUUUGCGAUCACCAGCGUGGGAGACCAGAACUGCUGCUGCACAGGCGGUGGAAGCGAUCCUGACAAAUGUACCAGAAUGGCAUCCUGCUCCGUUCACAGGCAAAAAAGAGGAGAAGGCCGAAAUAGAGGACACAGGUCGCCUACGAUGUGAGACGUUCGAUAUUCAGCGUGUACUGCAGAAUGGCGCCCACCUCAUGGGCUCCGAGGGGCAUGAGUACGAUCUCGACGAAGAAACACUCAACGGUGUAGAAACCAAGGAGCGCUUGGCAAAACAACGGCAACAGUUAAACGCCCGUUUGGGACUCGACGUCGCCGCCAACCUCGGCGUUGAUCUGAACUCUAUGUAUACCAAUGAGGACUUGUGUCCUGUUAAACCUACUGUUCCAAAGACUGAACCACCAAGGAGACCGAUACAAGAAAUUGUUUCAUCAACAAAACCUUUAAGCUCCCGGGAGAUAAAUCUGGCCAAGCGAAAAGCACGCCUGGCUUUCAGCAAACAAAAGUCUAGAGACUGCAGCGAGGAUGGCCCUUCUGCACCACCUACUCCGACGCCCGUUGAACCUGACAGGAAGAAAAUAAAAUUAGAACAGCCUGAGGAAUUUAUUUUUGAAACCAGCGCUCCAGUACCUGACUGUUCUGGAUCUUGGGGCGAGUGUACGCGAUGGCCCCUCGAGGCCUGGGUGGGAGCCCUUCAGACACAAUUAUUCAGUUCAGCAUGGGAAUCACGACACGGUGCUGCAAGCGCGUUGAGAGAACUGUUGCGCGCCAAGAUCGUGAACUCGGCUGGACAUGACGCCUUCAUGACUUUACAAGAGAUGGAGUCAGCCCAUCAAGAAUGGUUGGAAGACAUGGCACUUCGGUUACUUUGUGUCUUAGCAUUAGACCGCUUCGGGGACUUCGUUUCGGAUCAGGUAGUGGCCCCAGUCCGAGAAACGUGUGCACAAACAUUAGGAGUGGCAUUAGCGCAGUUAUCCACUGACCGAGUACGGAAGGUUGCGGAACUCUUGGCAUCAUUGUCUACACAUCCACAGUGGGAGGCGAGGCACGGAGCGUUACUUGGAUUCAAAUACCUGCUUGCUGCUAGGCAGGAAGUAGCGUGUGAAAGCGGUGCCUUGGAACACCUAAUGCGGGGUCUCGGGGAUGUUGCCGAAGAUGUAUCCGCCGUUGCAGCCGGUGCCCUGGUCCCUGCAGCAGGAGCUUUAGCCAGGGCGAGAGCCGGAUGCGUCCGGGAUGUCGUAGCAAGAUUAUGGAGAUUGUUACGAGAUCAGGAUGAACUAGCAGCGCCGGCUAAUUCGUACAUGGCACUUUUGGCUGCGUUAAUGGCUUUACCUGAACCUGCCAGUUUACUUCAUCCCAUCGACUUAGCUGAUGUACUCCCUCGCCUUUGGCCAUACUUGGAUCACUCAACGAGCUCCGUUCGAAAAGCGACUCUACAAACGUUACGCACUUUGACCAGACCUCUAGUCACGCACAAAAAAAUUACAAACAAUGGCCAAACAGACACUAAUGGUAACACUGAUAUAAACACUAACGCGGUCUCUGAAGAGUAUUUGGAUUGGACACCAGAGUUGCUUCAGGAGGCAAUGAGACAUAUUUAUCAGAGAGUGUUAUUUGAACAUGUCCAUGAAAUUCAAGAAAUCGCUGUACAGGUCUGGGAAAACUUCCUAAAGUACGCGUCAUUAGGAGUGAUACUCCUGGCGGCGUGUCCUAUGCUCGCCACAUGGCUGUGUCUGGCCAUGCAGCCUGCCAGGCUCAGCGUUGAUCCUGUAUUACUGCUGCAUGCUCCUCCGAAGGAGCGCCGCACGCGCACGAACUCUCAGUCGCUGGACAACCUCAGCGUGCCCCCCGAGCUGCGGCCGAGCCAGAAGUGGUACAUCGGCGGCUCCGAGUCGCAGCAAUCUGCCCUCCGGGAUAGGAACGUGCCAAGGGCGAGGUGUCUCGCCGCAGAUAUAUUAGGUUACCUGUCAUGUUACCUGGUCCAACCAGCACCUGGUAUAGAGUACAAAUCUGAAGACGAGAGUCCUAUAGACUGCUAUGUUAAGGUGAUGAUAGUAUACCUCCGCUCGGGCAGCGCGCUCCAGCGCCUCGUGGCGAGCUUGGUGGUCUCGUCGUGGGCGCGCCACUGCGUCAACCUCAACAUGUUCCCCCAGCCCGUCGCCGCUAAAGGGAACACCGCUAAUGGGGACGCCACACAUCAGAAGGAAAAUACAGAAGAUCAGAGAGAAAUAAAAAGUAGUAUUGAGGAAGAAAAAAGUCUUAUAUCGUCGUUGGCCCCGCCGCUUUUGUCCACUACGCUUCACACCGCACUCAACCAAGCUCUCUACUACGACGAGGUCGCGCUUAACUGUAACAGAAUAUUGCAAGAAGCUCGCGAUUUACAUGCUAUGAUGAAACAUUACAAAUUGCCGGUGGACGGCGAAGAAUUCAGCAACAUAUUGAGGUUGGAGCAAGUGGUCCACUUGACGAACAUUUCUCAACCGAUGGUGGCCGCCAUGAAAUCGAAGCGAGUUGCACUCACCUUGGAGGAGAGACGGAAGAAUCUGCAGUCUGCUGUUAACUUGUGCACUAUUGAGCAGAGCUCUCUUAAUGUCUCUGUUCAAGCGACGCUAGCAGGUGCGUGCGCUAAUCUCCACAUUCUACCAGAGAAACUAAACCCCGUCGUCAGACCGCUAAUGGACAGUGUAAAGAAAGAACCUUCGGAAGAAUUGCAACAGAAUUCGGCUGACACUCUUGCAGUGUUGCUGUCGCAGCUUGUAAACAGGGAUUCGUGUCCUAACAAUAAAGUGCUAGUCAACCUUAAAGCUUUUCUUAGGUGCGAUCCAGAGUAUACACCUCGUAUAUCACUUGAAAGUACGGAGGAAAAUGGAGACUCCGGCAGUGGGGAUAGCGGGCCCGAGGGGAAGAGCGAACAGACUAAACAGGCGCCGGCAUUGGACAAGUACUCGGGCAUCCUGACGCUGUGGGAGCAGCAGCGCUCCGCCGAGCGCUGCGCCCCGCGGCGCGGCCGCCCCCCCGCCCCGCACACCGCCGCCGCGCUCGACCUGCUGCUGCCGCACGAGGACGAGGCUCGUAAAUUACUAAGAAUACAAAGACGUGGCGCAACUAUGGCUCUAACGAGUCUCGCUACGUAUUUCGGUGACGAGUUGCCGAAGAAGUUGCCGAAACUGUGGGAGUUUAUCACGCAACCUUUCGAGAGAGUUAUGACCGAUUCAGAGCUGGAGUGCCAGGAGGUGCCGUGCGCGGAGGAGAUGGUGUCGCGGCUGCAGGUGUUCGAGGCGGUGUGCUCGUCGCUGAGCCCCGCGCUCCAGGCGCGCGCGGGCGCGGGGGCGGCUCGCGCGGCGGCGGCGCUCACUCGCGCGCGCUACACGGCGCUGCGACACAUGGCCGCGCGCGCGCUCGCCGCCAUGUGCCGCGCGCGCUACCACCGCGUCAUGCACACGCUCGUCCGAGAGUUAAUCCCGGCGCUGAGCGACGUCCGCAGCGACUCGGUGCGGUGCGGCGCGGCCGAGGCGCUGGCGCGGAUCGUGGACGCGCUGCAGCUGGAGAUCGUUCCCUACAUCGUGCUGCUUGUGGUGCCACUAUUGGGUCGCAUGAGUGACCACUGCGAAGCUGUGCGAGUAAUGUCUACCCGUUGCUUCGCGUCCCUCAUCCAACUGAUGCCAUUAGACGGCGGAGUGGCCGAGCCGCCCGACCUCACGCCUGAACUUCGAGAGAGGCGACUACAUGACAAGAACUUCUUGGACCAGCUGUUCAAUCCUAAGAGCAUUAAAGACUACAAGAUACCUGUACCCGUGUCUGCUGAACUUCGGAGCUAUCAACAGGCGGGCGUGAACUGGCUGCGCUUCCUGUACGAGUACAAGCUGCACGGCGUGCUGUGCGACGACAUGGGGCUGGGCAAGACGCUGCAGUCCCUGGCCGUGGUGGCGGGCUCGCACUGGGAGCGCGCCGGCCAGCGCGCGCCGCAGCUGCCCUCGCUCGUCGUGUGCCCGCCCACGCUCACCGGUCACUGGGUGUUCGAAGUCAACAAAUUUAUUCCGUCGAAAUUCCUCAAACCUCUACAGUACGUAGGGAUACCUUAUGAACGGGAACGGUUACGUCAUCACGUCAAACAUUAUAACUUUAUCGUAGCCUCCUACGACAUCGUACGAAAAGACAUCGAUUUCUUCAGCAGUAUCAGAUGGAACUAUUGUAUAUUAGACGAGGGACAUGUGAUCAAGAAUGGCAAGACAAAAGUGUUCAAAGCUAUCAAACAGCUGAUUGCCAAUCACAGGCUGAUAUUGUCAGGAACGCCUAUACAGAAUAAUGUACUAGAGCUGUGGUCUUUAUUCGACUUCCUAAUGCCUGGUCUCCUGGGUACGGAGCGCCAGUUCACGGCGCGCUAUUCGAGGCCUAUCCUCGCCGCUAGAGAUGCCAAAGCCACUCCACAUCAACUGCAGGCCGGAGCUUUAGCUUGCGAAGCGUUACAUCGACAGGUUCUACCGUUCCUCCUACGCCGCGUAAAAGAGGACGUGCUAAAGGAGCUUCCACCUAAGAUAACGCAGGACUACUACUGUGAUCUGAGCCCGUUGCAGAGGAGGCUUUAUGAGGACUUCUCCCGGGAACACAUGCCUCGUGACGUCAAUUCACAACAGACUCACGUGUUCCAGGCCCUGCACUACCUGCAGAAUGUGUGCAACCACCCGAAGCUGGUGUUAACGCCUGACCACCCUGAAGCGGCAGCCAUCGCCCGCCAGUUGCAAUCACAAAACUCCACCUUAGACGACAUCGAGCACUCUGCCAAGUUGCCCGCACUCAAACAACUUCUUCUGGACUGCGGCAUCGGCACGACAGCAUCUGAUGCGGAGGGAGAGGCGGUAGUAUCGCAGCACCGCGCGCUGGUGUUCUGCCAGCUGAAGAAGAUGCUGGACAUCGUUGAGCAAGACCUGCUGCGGCGCCAGCUGCCCGCCGUCACGUACCUGCGCCUCGACGGCAGCGUGCCGCCGCACCAGCGACACGCCAUCGUCACGCGCUUCAAUACUGAUGUCUCCAUCGACUUGCUGCUGCUCACCACUGCGGCCGGUGGACUUGGUUUGAACCUGACCGGUGCGGAUACCGUAAUCUUCGUCGAGCACGACUGGAACCCAAUGAAGGACCUCCAGGCGAUGGACCGCGCCCACCGUAUAGGACAGAAGAAGGUUGUGAAUGUGUACCGGCUCAUCACCAGGGAAACCCUCGAGGAGAAGAUUAUGGGAUUACAAAAGUUCAAGCUACUUACGGCAAACACAGUUAUAAGCAGCGAGAACGCCGCUAUGGAAACGAUGGGCACAGACCAGCUAUUGGACUUGUUCAACUUGUCGAGCUCCAACGCGUCUCAACAGCAGCAGGCCAGCACUUCCGGCGUCAAGUCCGUGUUGGAAACAUUACCGGACUUGUGGGAUGAUAAGCAGUAUGAAGAAGAAUACGACAUGACGAACUUUAUAAAAGGAUUGAACAAAAUGAGCGCGUAA